GUGGCCACCGUCAAGUCCAACAUCACGCCUUUUGGCGCCGACCAGGUCAAAGACCGAGGUCCUGAGGCCACUAGGAGAUUUUUUAACUGGUUUUACUGGAGCAUUAACUUGGGAGCCAUCCUUUCGUUAGGAGCCAUUGCCUACGUGCAGCAGAACUUGAGCUUCUUCUCAGGCUACCUCAUCCCCACAGUGUGUGUGGCCAUUGCUUUUGUGGUUUUCCUCUGUGGCCAGAGCGUUUUCAUCAGCAAACGCCCGGAUGGCAGUGCCUUCACUGACAUGUUCAGGAUUUUGGCCUACUCAUGCUGCUCCCAGAAGCGCCGGGCAGCACACAUCAGCAGCAGUGAAGGCAUUGGAGUCUUUCAGCAACCUUCUAAACAAAGUCUGUUUGAUUCAUGUAAGAUGUCUCACGGAGGGCCAUUCACAGAAGACAAAGUAGAAGAUGUCAAAGCCCUGGUCAAGAUCGUGCCUGUGUUCUUGGCUCUGAUCCCUUACUGGACAGUGUAUUUCCAAAUGCAGACCACGUAUGUCCUGCAGAGUCUUCACUUGAAGAUUCCGGAAAUCUCAAACAUCACAACCACCCCACACACGUUCCCGGCCGCCUGGCUCACCAUGUUCGAUGCCGUGCUCAUCCUCCUGCUCAUCCCGCUCAAGGACAAGCUGGUGGACCCGGUCCUGAGAAGGCACGGCUUGCUGCCGUCCUCCCUGAAGAGGAUCGCUGUGGGCAUGUUCUUCAUGAUGUGCUCGGCCUUCGCCGCGGGAAUCCUGGAAAGCAAAAGGCUGGACGUUGUUAAGGAUAAACCCAUCAUCAACCAGACCAUCGGCCAUGUGAUCUACCACGCCGCAGACCUGCCCAUCUGGUGGCAGGUCCCGCAGUAUGUGCUCAUCGGCAUCAGCGAAGUGUUUGCUAGCAUCGCAGGCCUGGAGUUUGCGUAUUCAGCCGCCCCCAAGUCCAUGCAGAGUGCCAUCAUGGGCCUGUUCUUCUUCUUCUCUGGCGUCGGCUCCUUCGUGGGCUCAGGGCUGCUGGCGCUGGUGUCUCUCAAAGCCAUCGGAUGGAUGAGCAGCCACACCGACUUUGGUAACAUCAAUGGCUGCCACCUCAACUACUACUUCUUCCUGCUGGCCGCCGUGCAAGGGGCCACCCUCCUGCUUUUCCUCAUCGUUUCUGUGCGAUACGACCGGCCCCGGGUGCGAGGGGACGGAGUGCCCCCCAGUGCGAGGACCUGAUGACCGGAAUGCCUGGGCUCCUGCCUGGGCUCCGGCCCACAGCAGAUGGGGAGCCCCUCGCUGGGGCCUCCACAGCACACGCAAAGCCUGAGCUUCCGCUUCUGUCGCGGUCUCCUCUUCGAAGAAGCCACAGGCGGGUGUGUACUCCGAUGCCUCCCCAAAGACGUCCGCGGUGCUGACUGGUGUCGAGGACAGGGAGGGUCUCUGGGCAGAGGUGGGCGGGUUCAGUGCUGUGUACUCCGGGAAGGGUCACCUGCACGCUUCCUUUGGCAGCCACAGACCUUGCCAUGGCUACCAGGGUCUGGGUCUGUGGCUCACUAGCGCUGUAUCUUGUCUCCUGCUUGUUUCUGAGACUUGAAUGGGUUUCUCUUCAUGAGUGGGGACUACAGCACUGACUGCUCGGGACGCCUGUCCUCUGUCCGCCCACAGCAGCCCAGGGUGUCGCACCUGAGCCUCUUCAGUGCUGUCUGCAGUUCCGUGGGCAGCAGCAAGUGAGGCCAGGCCACCUGGGAACCACACUGCACCGUGGGAGUAGCAGAAGGUGUGACCUGUGAGCGUGCCAUGGCUGGUGUGGUCACUGACCUGUUGGGUGUGGAGUUUGUAACUAUUCUGUUUGUUGCUGUAUUUUUGGUAUACUUUUAAUAUAAAAGCAUCUCAAACGUGA